AUGCGAGGCCCCACCAUCCUCAAGGCGGAAGAUGAUAAGACGAAACAGUUGAACAAGCACAGCCUCAUGGCAUUCUCUGGAGAGUCCGGAGAUACCGUACAAUUCGCGGAGUACAUCCAAGCCAACAUCCAGUUAUACACGAUGCGGAAUGAUACCGAGCUAGGUCCGAAUGCAGUUGCCAACUUUGUCCGGGCGGAAAUGGCACGGAGUCUGCGGUCCCGGAAUCCCUACACUGUCAACCUUCUGCUGGGCGGCUUCGACCCCAUCACGGAGAAGCCCCAUCUAUACUGGAUUGACUACCUGGCCUCUUUGGCCCCUCUGCCAUACGCUGCUCACGGCUAUGCGCAAUACUACUGCCUUUCCACCCUCGACAAACACCACCACCCCGACAUUUCGCUCGAAGAAGGAAUGAAGCUCUUGGAAAUGUGCACGGACGAGUUGAAGCGCAGACUACCGAUCGAUUACAAGGGUGUGCUGGUGAAGGUGGUGACCAAGGACGGCGUGCAAGAGGUAGAAUUUGAUAAUAACAGGAUCGUCAAGAGUGCCUAA